AUGGCGGACGACGAUAACACGCUGGAGGAGAUCCCGGAGGCGGAGAACAAGAAUGCGCUCCGGAACCGUGGACGCAAGGGUGCGCUCAAGAAGAAGAACGUCUACAAUGUCAAGGAUCAUCGGUUCAUACCGCGCUUUUUCAAGCAGCCAACGUUCUGUUCCCAUUGCAAGGACUUCAUUUGGGGCUUUGGCAAGCAAGGAUUCCAAUGUCAAGUUUGUUCCUUUGUCGUGCACAAAAGAUGUCACGAGUACGUUACCUUCAAGUGUCCGGGUGCGGAUAAGGGAGCAGAUUCCGAUGACACCCGUACCAAGCAUGAGUUUAAAGUGUGGACCUAUUCGAGUCCAACGUUUUGCGAUCACUGUGGUUCGCUGUUGUACGGUUUGAUCCACCAGGGGCUUAAGUGUACAGCAUGUGAUAUGAACGUACACAAACGGUGCGAGGAAAGCGUACCGAACCUCUGCGGAUGUGAUCAUACCGAGCGUCGAGGGCGUAUACAGCUGACGAUCACGUACUCGGCUGGCAAGCUCAACAUUGAAGUGAAACAGGGCCGUAACCUUAUUCCGAUGGAUCCCAACGGUUCCAGCGAUCCGUACGUCAAGAUCAAACUGAUCCCGGACGCGGACAAUGUGAAGAAGAAAACCAAAACCAUUCGCGCCUCGCUGAACCCGGUGUGGAACGAAACGCUUACAUUUGAUCUCAAGCCGGAAGAUAAGGAUCGUCGGCUGCUGAUCGAGGUGUGGGAUUGGGAUCGUACCUCGCGGAACGAUUUCAUGGGAUCACUUUCGUUUGGCAUCUCGGAAAUCCUCAAGAACCCGGUCGACGGAUGGUUCAAACUGCUCACGCAGGAGGAAGGCGAGUACUACAACGUACCGGUGCCGGAGGAGGGUGCCGAUCUCGUGCAGCUCAAGAGCCAAAUGAGGAAAACAUCCAUCACGAAGAAGAUUCCAAUGAUGGGUGACAAGGAUGUGCCGCAUAACAUGACGAAGAAGGACGUCAUUCGGGCGACCGACUUCAACUUCCUGAUGGUACUCGGCAAAGGUUCGUUCGGUAAGGUAAUGCUGGCCGAGCGCAAGGGUACGGAUGAGCUGUACGCGAUCAAGAUACUGAAAAAGGACAUCAUCAUCCAGGACGAUGAUGUUGAGUGCACGAUGGUGGAGAAGCGCGUGCUGGCAUUGUCGAGUAAGCCACCAUUCUUGGUGCAGUUACAUUCCUGUUUCCAAACCAUGGAUCGUUUGUACUUCGUCAUGGAAUACGUCAACGGUGGUGAUCUCAUGUUCCAGAUUCAGCAGUGCGGCAAGUUCAAGGAGCCAGUUGCUGUGUUCUACGCAUCGGAGAUUGCCAUCGGAUUGUUCUACUUGCACGCACGCGGCAUCGUGUAUCGCGAUCUGAAGCUGGAUAACGUGCUGCUGGACAUGGACGGUCACAUUAAGAUUGCGGAUUUCGGCAUGUGCAAGGAGGGCAUCAUGGGCGAUAAGACGACGAAAACGUUCUGCGGCACGCCGGACUACAUUGCGCCGGAGAUCAUUCUAUACCAACCGUACGGCAAAUCGGUUGACUGGUGGGCCUACGGAGUGCUGCUGUACGAGAUGCUCGUCGGUCAACCACCGUUCGACGGUGAGGAUGAGGAGGAACUGUUCGCGGCCAUCACGGAUCAUAACGUUUCGUACCCGAAGAGCUUGAGCAAGGAGGCCAAAGAUGUUUGCAAGGGGCUACUCACCAAGAACCCACAGAAACGCUUGGGCUGUGGUGCACGUGGUGAAGAGGACGUUCGUGCGCAUGCAUUCUUCCGUCGGAUCGAUUGGGAAAAGAUUGAAAAUCGCGAGGUGCAACCACCGUUCAAGCCAAAGAUUAAACAUCGCAAGGAUGUGUCGAACUUCGAUCGCCAGUUUACGUCCGAGAAGACGGAUCUGACACCGACCGAUAAGCUGUUCAUGAUGAAUCUGGACCAGACGGAGUUUAACGGCUUCUCGUAUCUCAACCCGGAGUUUGUGCAGUACGUCUAA